CAUCUUCUACGGACAAUAUGUUACCUUAAAAGAUUUCUUUGUGUUUUUAAACACAGGAUAUAAGAAAGUAAAAAUGAUUUGAAAAUCUCAAAAUGUUCGCAUAUAUAUCAAAAAGGAAGUAGGUCUUGGAAUAUCUUUUAAAAAAUGCUUUUUUUUUUAAUCGAGUUUUCUUAGUUGAAUUAUUUAAAAAAUUAAAAAACAAAAAAAGAAAAAUAGAAAAUGUUUAUGCUUAAGCCAAAGAAAAAUAAGAAAAAUAAGGUGAUAGCGAUUAAAGAUGUCGAAAAGAAACCGAGUCCUCUAGAGGAUCCUUACAAAUUGCUAACACCCUCUUGGUGUUGGAAUGAUUAUAUAAAUCGCCAGAUUGUUCCAACUAACUUGGCACCUACUUUAUUAAAGGCUGCCGAUCCCCAAUUACACUCACCGAUACCCAAUAGUUACAAACUUAACAUUCCGGAUAAUAGUGGCGGUUCAGUUGUUAAUUCGAUUAUGAAAUCAUCAUGUCCACCGCCACCGAAACUGUUCCCAACUCCAUUGGAUACAGAUUUUGAAGAUAUUUUAACAAUAACAAGACAACGUCGUCUACGCUGUACUGAAAAAGCCUUUAGUAUCAAGGAUUUUUUACACCAAUCCAAGGAGAAACCAGAAAGCACAGAGUCCAUAUUUUCCCAAGAAACUGUAGACGAAAAUGAUGAGGGUCCAAAGUCAAUUGCAUCUGUUCCGGAUCCAAUGCUCUCUCAUAAAUAUACCGCACACCAUUUUGAGAUGGUUUGGAAGUCAAAAAACGUUAAACUAAAUGAAAGCUGUGCCAUGACCAUAACAAAAAAAAAGCAAAGUAUGGCGGGUUCUAAGUUCUAUGUACCAGUAAAAAUAGCUAACAAUGAGGCUAUGUGGGAAACGAUGAAACGUUAUUUACACAAUGACCUAGAGAUCCAAAUCGAAUCGAAUUUCUAUUAUGUUGAUCGCUAUCUGUUUACAUAUUACGCCGUCAAUUUCCGUGGCUGUACGGGUUCUUUUUUGCAGUUACCAGUACAAAAAGUUCAGAUCAGUCAGAUCGCUAAACUGUACGAAUGGAUGUUGUGCGAAGGAAAACCCUUUCCCGCGGGCCCUGAAGCUAUUUCAAUAUUUUCUGCCGCAAAAUUUCUUGGUAUUGAGGACUUAAUGGAACAAUAUUGGACAGCCUUUUCGAGAAAAGGUGAACUCGCCAUUUGGGAGAUGACUGCAUUUCACAUAUAUCUUUUGGCUAAAGAACUCCGAUGUUCGGAGAUUAUGACCGUAAUGUUUGGGCGAAUACGUAAAUGCUUCCUGCCAUUGGUGGCUUCUUGGGAGUUCCUAGAGUUCAAUGUUAAUGAAGUGACCUGUAUGCUCUCUAAUGAUAUGCUGUGUGUGAAUAGCGAGGAUGAGAUCUUCUUUGCCGCCUUUUAUUGGUUAGAUUUUGCAUGGAAUGAGCGAAAGAAACAUGCGGUUAAGGUUAUGAGCGCGGUCCGCUUUGGAAUUCUGUCGCCUUGGUUACGUCGAUCCAUUUGCAAUGUACCGGAAAACGAUCGCAUCGGUGAGAUUGGCCAAUUGCCAGAGGUUUGUCGCUGGCUCUGGCAGGGUACCAUGGUAAGUCAAGCGAUCGUGGUCGAUGGACAAAAGUCGCAAGAUAAGUAUGUUAAAAUGCAUUUGGACGAAUGGCAACGCCAUAAGAUACCGGAGCGGUAUUGGAUCUACUGCUUGGGCGUACCGCAUCAUCAUGACUAUAAAUGUUCUCGAUUUCGUGAACUAACAUAUGAGACCUUCAAGAGAUUCCUGCACAGCCUACAUGCCCACGCCCAAAUAUUUAUGGACAGUCUUCAGUUUGUGCCAAACAAGAUCUGGAACACCUAUCGCUGUUGUGUCGAUGUUACCUACCGUCCAUACAGGGACAGAAACUGCCGCAAACCACAGUUCUACUCGAAGGGAAAAAAAAUCUAAAGGUACCCAACUAAUUUUAUAUAGUUUAUUUAUAUUUUUUGGUUUACCAAAUAAUAAAAGAAAAAACAACUUUUAGUUUA